AUGAUCCGUAGAGCUAAGAGUGAGUGGCAAAAGCUGGAGACCUCACAAACUUCAUUUCCAAAUCUGGACUUAGAGUACCUGGAAACUCUGACUUGCCGUACAUACCAACUGAAGCUUGCACCUGAUUAUAUCACAGAACAUCAUACAAAUGAUAGUGAUUACGAGUAUACGGAUAUCGUCUUUGUCUUGGAUACGUCAGGAAGUAUUUCAAACCAAGGUAAAUUGCAGGCUGUCAAUUUCAUCUACAACGUCACAGAAUGGCUGACGAUCGGACCAGACGACAUCCUAGUUUCUGUUGUAACGUUUAAUACGUCACCAAAGGAGCAUUUCAAAUUAAAACAGUUCAACAACAAGUCCGAACUUCUCCCACAGAUAAAACAAGUAGCAUAUGGAAACACAAGGGGUACCACAGACACUGCCGAAGCAUUGAGGUUUGUUCGCCAAAAUUCCUUUCUCCUUCAAAAUGGUGGACGGCCGAACGCCAAUACGACUGUAGUUCUGUUGACGGAUGGUCAAUCGGACGAUCGCUCAGGAACAUUGCAUGAAGCCAGCUGGCUAAAGUCAACAAUGAAUACAGAAAUAUUUGUCGUCGGAAUCGGCAGUGCCGUGUCAAGGAGCAAUGAUGAAAUAAGAGGAGUAUCGAGUGACCCCGAUUCUUAUUAUAUACAACAGGUCGACUCGUUCAUUUACCUGUGUAACUUAGUACCUGCUAUGGUUCCCAAACUCGAUAUCGUCUUUCUCGUGGAUACGUCAGGAAGUAUUUCAAACCAAGAGGAGUCGCAGGCUGUCAAUUUCAUCUACAACGUCACAAAAUGGCUGACGAUCGCACCAGACGACAUCCGAGUGUCUGUUGUAACGUUCAAUAGCGAACCAAAGGAGCAAUUCAAAUUAACAGAUUACAACAAAAUGGCCGAACUUCUCCAACAUAUAAAACAAGUCGCCAACGAAACAACGGGCGGCGGCACAAACACUGCCAAGGCACUGAGGUUUGUUCGCGAACAUUCCUUUCUCCUUCAAAAUGGCGGACGACCGAACGCCAACAGUACUGUAAUUCUGCUGACGGAUGGUCAAUCGUACGAUCCCGUUGGAACAUUGCGCGAAGCGGGCUCGCUUAAGUCAAACAAUACGGAACUAUUUGCCAUUGGAAUCGGCAGUGCGCUGUCAACAAGCAAUGGUGAAAUAAGAGGAGUAUCGAGUGACCCCGAUUCUUAUUAUGUACAACAGGUCGACUCGUUCAUUUACCUGUGUAACUUAGUACCUGCUUUGGUUCCCAAACUCGAUCCCUCGUCUCAAGCUAUGUCAAUACUAAAUUGUCCUACGCCUCCACCGACCACCACCCAACACCAGAGUUCCGGCGUCCCGGUGGUGGAUUCCUCGACCACAACACCUACAACCCCAUACCAACUAGAAAGUACAACAAACACAUCUCCAACACAAAACGGCACACACAUAAAAGAUAUCGUCUUUCUCGUGGACACGUCAGGAAGUAUUUCAGACCAAGAGGAGUCGCAGGCUGUCAAUUUCAUCUACAACGUCACAAAAUGGCUGACGGUCGGAGUAGACGACAUCCGAGUGUCUGUUGUAACGUUCAAUAGCGAACCAAGGGAGCAAUUCAAAUUAAGAGAUUACAACAAAAUGGCCGAACUUCUCCAACAUAUAAAACAAGUCGCCAACGAAACAACGGGCGGCGGCACAAACACUGCCAAGGCAUUGAGGUUUGUUCGCGAACAUUCCUUUCUCCUUCAAAAUGGUGGACGACCGAACGCCAACAGGACUGUAAUUCUGCUGACGGAUGGUCAAUCGGACGAUCCCGUUGGAACAUUGCGCGAAGCGGGCUCGUUUAAGUCAAACAAUACGGAACUAUUUGCCAUUGGAAUCGGUAGUGCGCUGUCAACAAGCAAUGGUGAAAUAAGAGGAGUAUCGAGUGACCCCGAUUCUUAUUAUGUACAACAGGUCGACUCGUUCAUUUACCUGUGUAACUUAGUACCUGCUUUGGUUCCCAAACUCGAUCCCUCGUCUCAAGCUAUGUCAAUACUAAAUUGUCCUACGCCUCCACCGACCACCACCCAACACCAGAGUUCCGGCGUCCCGGUGGUGGAUUCCUCGACCACAACACCUACAACCCCAUACCAACUAGAAAGUACAACAAACACAUCUCCAACACAAAACAGCACAAACAGAAAAGAUAUCGUCUUUCUCGUGGAUACGUCAGGAAGUAUUUCAGACAAAGAGGAGUCGCAGGCUGUCAAUUUCAUCUACAACGUCACAAAAUGGCUGACGAUCGGACCAGACGACAUCCGAGUGUCUGUUGUAACAUACAGUAACAUACCUAAGGAGCACUUUAAAUUAAGAGAUUACAACACAAGAGCCGAACUUCUCCAACAUAUAAAACAAGUCACCAACGAAACAACGGGCGGCACCACAAACACUUCGACAGCAUUCAGUUUUGUGAGUCAAAAUUCUUUUCUCCUUCAAAAUGGCGGACGGCCGAACGCCAACAGGACUGUAAUUCUGCUGACGGAUGGAAAAUCGAACGAUCCCGUUGGAACAUUGCGCGAAGCCGACUUGCUCAAGUCAGAAAACAAUACAGAAAUAUUUGCCAUUGGAAUCGGUAGUGCGGUGGUAACAAGCAAUGAUGAAAUAAGAGGAGUAUCGAGUGACCCCGAUUCUUAUUAUGUACAACAGGUCGACUCGUUCAUUUACCUGUGUAACUUAGUACCUGAUUUGGUUCCCAAACUCGAUCCCUCGCCUAAAGUGAUGUCAAUACUAAACUGUCCGACGCCGCCACCGACCACCACCAAACACCAGAGUUCCGGCGUCUUGGUGAUGGAUUCCUCGACCACAACACCUCCAACCCCAUACCAACUAGAAAGUACAACAAACACGUCACCAAUACAAAACGGCACAAACAGAAAAGAUAUCGUCUUUCUCGUGGAUACGUCAGGAAGUAUUUCAAACCAAGAGGAGUCGCAGGCUGUCAGUUUCAUCUACAACGUCACAAAAUGGCUGACGAUCGGACUAGACGACAUCCGAGUGUCUGUUGUAACGUUCAAUAGCAAACCAAAGGAACAAUUCAAAUUAAGAGAUUACAACAAAAUGGCCGAACUUCUCCAACAUAUCAAACAAGUCGCCAACGAAACAACGGGCGGCGGCACAAACACCGCCAAGGCACUGAGGUUUGUUCGCCAAAAUUCCUUUCUCCUUCAAAAUGGUGGACGACCGAACGCCAACAGGACUGUAGUUCUGCUGACGGAUGGUCAAUCGGGCAAUACAUCUGAAACAUUGCGCGAAGCGGGAUCGAUUAAGUCAAACAAUACGGAACUAUUUGCCAUUGGAAUCGGCAGUGCGCUGUCAACAAGCAAUGAUGAAAUAAGAGGAGUAUCGAGUGACCCCGAUUCUUAUUAUGUACAACAGGUCGACUCGUUCAUUUACCUGUGUAACUUAGUACCUGCUUUAGUACCCAAACUCGAUUCCUCGUCUCAAGCUAUGUCAAUACUAAACUGUCCGACGCCGCCACCGACCACCACCCAACACCGGAGUUCCGACGUCCCGGUUGUGGAAUCAUCGACCACAACACCUCCAACCCCACCACAACCAGAUAGAACAACAAACACAUAUCCAAUACAUAAAAGCACAGACGGAAAAGAUAUCGUCUUUCUCGUGGAUACGUCAGGAAGUAUUUCAAACCAAGAGGAGACGCUGGCUGUCAAUUUCAUCUACGACGUCACAAAAUGGCUGACGAUCGCACCAGACGACAUCCAAGUGUCUGUUGUAACGUUCAAUAGCGAACCAAAGGAGCAAUUCAAAUUAAGAGAUUACAACAAAAUGACCGAACUUCUCCAACAUAUAAAACAAGUCGCCAACGAAACAACGGGCGGCGGCACAAACACUGCCAAGGCAUUGAGGUUUGUUCGCCAAAAUUCCUUUCUCCUUCAAAAUGGCGGACGACCGAACGCCAACAGGACUGUAAUUCUGCUGACGGAUGGUCAAUUGGACGAUCCACUUGAAACAUUGCGCGAAGCGGGCUCGCUUAAGUCAAACAAUACGGAACUAUUUGCCAUUGGAAUCGGCAGUGCGGUGUCAACAAGCAAUGAUGAAAUAAGAGGAGUAUCGAGUGACCCCGAUUCUUAUUAUGUACAACAGGUCGACUCGUUCAUUUACCUGUGUAACUUAGUACCUGCUUUGGUUCCCAAACUCGAUCCCUCGUCUAAAGCCAUGUCAAUACUAAACUGUCCUACGCCGCCACCGACCACCAGUCAUCACAACAUAUUUGGUGUAACCUUGUCGAGCUAUGACGUAACGGAAAAAGAUACAAACGGUAACGGUACAUUGUAG